AUGUCCAACCCGCAAUCCGCCUGGUCGUAUGUGAGCAACCUUUCGAAACCGCGCCGUCGCUCCUCCGUCAACAAACUCCCCAGCCACGAUCGCUUCGAGAAGCCAGACCGGCACACAACGAGUGGACGACCAAUGCAAGAAAAAGUGCAAGCCGCGUGGAUGAAUCAGUCGCAGCGAACACGCUAUCUCAAGGCCGGGUGCCUGAUCGCAUUCCUUCUUCUCGUCCUCUACCAUAUUUCACCAGCCAGCGAUGUUUCGCCGCGGAUACCGGGGGUCGGGAAGUUCCCGGGUGGAGAUGUUGCGAGCGAUUCGUCGGUAGCGACGACAAGAUGCACGAGGAGUUAUUCGAGCGAUAAGCCUUUAAUACAGUUCAAUAACUGCGGGCAGACGCCGGAGUUGGAGGACGAGGUGUUUGAGCAGACGGCGAAGAAGAAGGGUGGGAGCGGACUGAGCAGUUAUGGGAGUGAUGCAGAAGGCGCGGCGAGGAGCUUGGAUGUGCUGCUGGAUGUCGCGCUGAAGCAUGUGCCCGAGAAGAUCAGGAGUUGUACGCCUGUCGCGGUGAAGGCUACGGCUGGGCUGCGCAAGCUGGGGACGGAGAAGAGCAAUGCUAUCUUGAAGGCUGUCAGGACACGACUAGAGAUGGUGUAUCCUUUCCCUGUCGUCAGUGGGGAGCAGGGUGGGGUGGAGGUAAUGGACGGGAAAUUCGAGGGCGUAUAUGCCUGGAUCACGACCAACUACCUGCUGGGCAAGAUUGGUGGACCGGACAAGACUCCUACGGCAGCUGUCUUCGAUCUUGGAGGUGGAAGCACGCAGAUUGUCUUCGAGCCGACAUUCAGGCAGGCAGCAGACGGCGGCAUGCCAGACAAGAUGGAGGAGGGUGACCAUAAAUACGAUCUGAACUUCGGCGGUCGGCAAUUCUCGCUCUACCAACACUCAUACCUUGGCUAUGGUCUUAUGGAGGCUCGAGAUACCCUUCAUCGCAGUGUUUUGCAGACUUUGCACGAGAGUAACCCGAGCUCGAGAGCAUGGCUGGACAAGCCUGUGCCAAACCCUUGCCUUGCAGCGGGGACAACUGGCGAGGUUAAGGUCCCGAUGGGCGAAAAUCACGAGCUGGGCUCCGUGGUCACAGUCAACAUGACCGGGCCAUCGAGCGGCUUCCCAGCGCAAUGCCGAGCGCUCGCUGAAAAGGCGCUCAAGAAGGAUGCCGAGUGUGCCCUAGCACCCUGCGCAUUCGGCGGUAUCUACCAGCCCUCCAUCGAGAAGACGUUUGCACGUGAAGAUCUCUACCUCCUGUCUUUCUUCUACGACCGCACCUCAGAGCUUGGCAUGCCUGAGACCUUCACCCUGAGGGAUCUGCAGGACCUCACAGCCCGCGUGUGCCAGGGCGUGGAUGCAUGGAAGAGCUUUGAGGUCGUACCUGGCGCGGUCGAUCAGCUGAAGGACAGGCCGGAGACAUGCUUGGACCUCAACUUCAUGCUGGCACUGCUGAAUACUGGGUACGAGAUGCCGAUCGAUCGGCAGGUCAAGAUCGCGAAGAAGCUCCAGGGUAAUGAGCUCGGGUGGUGUUUGGGCGCCAGUCUUCCGCUGUUGAGCGGUGAUGGGUGGAGUUGUAGGGUCAGCGAGGCAUCGUAG